GAGGAGACCGGAAGUUGCGCGCAACCACACCGCCGGAAGCGGAAGGAAAGAUCGAGAAAAGGGACGACGGAGGCGUAAGGAGGUCGCUGUGGUGAAAGGCGAGGACGAAGAGUUACGAAGGAAGGCCGCGGUUCUUGAUUCAUUCACGAUGCCGAGGGGAAGCAGGAGCCGGACCUCCCGCAUGGCGCCCCCUGCCAGCCGUGCUGCACCCCCCCUGCGCUCGGCUCCUCCGCCAGCCGCUCGCUCUUCCGUCCCUGCAGCCGCCCCCCCUUCAGCCAUGGCCUCACCGGCCCCCCGCCAGCCAGGCCUCAUGGCCCAGAUGGCCACCACCGCAGCUGGUGUCGCGGUGGGUUCAGCCGUGGGGCACACCUUAGGCCAUGCCAUGACUGGGGGUUUCGGAGGAGGAGGAGGUAGCGCUGAAGUCGCCAGGCCCGACAUCACAUACCAGGAGCCCCAACCCGCGGCCCAGUCCUCCCAGUUCAGCCCUUGCCAGUAUGAGAUGAAGCAGUUCCUGGAAUGCGCCCAGAACCAGGCUGACCUCAAGCUCUGUGAGGGGUUCAGCGAGGUCCUCAAGCAGUGCCGCUUCGCCAAUGGUUUAGCUUAAUGAAGCUCCACCAGCUGAUGAUAUUCCAAUUCUGUGAAUGAAAGACAUAUCCUUAGUCGAAUCUUUAAUAUAUAUUAAAGCCGUCUUGCGUUUCCAUUUCCCCGCCGCAAGGAGGGAUGCUUUUCGUGGUGGAAAAGAUUAUGACAGCGAUGGGAAUUUGCACUCGGCGCAGUCCAUAGUUGCAAAAAGCCUCAAAAUAAAAGCUGUUGCUUCUCUGGAAA